GUCACGCUCAACCCCGACCUCGUCCACCGCAUCGCACUGCGCCCACCCACUGCUCACCCAUCUGAACACCGCACGGUCUACGACGCCCGACUCACCUAGUUCCUCGCGCUCGCCGACUGGAACCCGAUGUGCCAGCCCUCCACGCUGAUGCACGAUGUCACGGCGGACAGCGAUGAUAUUGUGCAUGAUGGACACCCAUCCGCACACAGAACAGGGCACUUUCGCCAUUGCUCGCUCUCCGGCGGCCUGGAGACGCAGCUGCGCUGCACCUGUCCAAUGCCAUGAUCGGGAUCGAGUGCCAGUGAGCUCGCGUCGCGCCCGAUCUCACCGCGUCCGUCGCUCGCUUCGAGAUUCGCGCCCGGGUAUGUGGCAGUUUGUUCGAGCUGUUGGGUGCCCGCAUGUCACGAUCUCCGCUGACACGCGCGCGCAAUGUGCUUCGAGCUGGGCCGUGCACAUGUUGGACGGGGACGCAAUGUGCUUUGGAACGCGUUCUUGGAUCCGCCUGGGAGCUGUCAUUGUCAACGCCGCUGACGGGCUCUGGGUCCCACUCUCAUAUCGACGUCUUGUGUACGUAAGACGCCUAGUACCGACCUUUUUCGUGAUGUUCGACUCGCCUCCGACUCAUCCCUCUCAGGUUGAUGCACCCAUGCCUGUUCAAACGUUCAGUCCUCCGCUCCUCCACCGGUCAUUGGACAUGUUUCUGGACCCAGAUCGACGAAUCAGCACGACCCCUACUUAUAACUCCUUAUUCACGGCAUCUCUGGCAAAGUUAGACGCACCUCUGACGUCGUCACAUGGAUCCGCGUCAAGGGCCCUCGUUCCCAGCCUCCGCAGUGGGUCCAUAUCAAGGCGAGUCACAUCGGGUCACUCGCUGUGACGGCGUGACAUUCAUUUGCCUCCGACCGGACCAUGGUGCGCCACCGGCGCGGAAGUGCAGAGCGGGCGGAGGACGAGCACUGCAUUUGUUAAGUUAGGAGGACGGUGAGCAAACUUGUGGGUAGGUGCGAUUACUAAUCCGUUCCUAUAUGUUCAACCUGUCCAUCGCAAUGCCAAACCGACUGAGCAAAUUU